ACUGGCAAAAGGGAAUCAGUAGCCGAGUUCGUAAGCGGCGUGUGUUGGAGAUGUCGACUGACAAGAAAAAUGCUGAAAAUGGGGAAUAUGGAGGCGAAGAAACUUCUAAUGAUCGCGACAUGAGACCUAAACCAGCGACCAUGCCGAUGCCUCAAGAAGAGAUCUUUUGAAAAAAGAUAAAUGAUUCGAAGAAGAAGUUAAAAAGCAAGGAUGUGAAAAAGGAGUCUAAGCGGCCAAUCGCAAAAUCUGCGAAAGAAGGGAAGGCAGGGAAGUAAAAACGAUGAGGACAGCAAGUCAGAAGAGGAGGAUGAAUGAACGAUGAAGAUGAUGAUGAAAAGAGUGAUGGAAAAGAUGUGCUCACAACAGACUCAUGCUUGCUUUUGGGCUUGGGGCAGCAUUUUGCUGCAUUGCAGCAAGUGAAGCUUGUUAAUGAUCAGAUGUUGACACAAUACUGGAGUAUGAGCACCACUUUUUCUCAUGCAAGUGAAGGCGUCUUUCAGAAAGAUGAGGAUGAGGAUGAUGAAAAAGAUAAAGGCAGAUAA